CCGUCGGUGUCCUCAGGCGCGUGCUAACGUGCGCUAAGCCGCACCGCCCUGACCGUUUCCGUAUAACUAAACAAUUCGCAACUCCCUAGCCUUGCAAUAUUUAACAAUCUAACCGAACCGGGCUCACGUAUGUGAAAUUUUGCAAUAACUACGAUUUUGCGCAGAAGGCCGUGCCCGAACGUUCGUAUUGUGAAACUGUAUUUUGUUUGGUUUGAACAUUAUCUUCCUUUAUUUUGUACAAAUGCAUUGUCAAUUAAACUGAACUAGUUGUAGAGUUUUAGUGAUGUGCUAAGUCAUCAGAAGAUCAACAACGAUGCUGUCAAUUGAUUCAUUGUGGUGUGGGUCGGCGGAGGAACUGUCGACGUUGAGAGGGUGCAAGGGUGCUGAAAGAUCAGAAUAUAGAUUCAGACGUAGAUCGUCCAAGAGCCUCAUCCCUCAGGCCUUGCUUCACGCGCUGCCGGAUUCCCAGAUGCGAUCGCACCGACAGCGUCGCUCCGGCACGUGGCCGAGAACAAGGUCUCUGAACGCGCCGUCACCAAUACAACAGUUUGGACCAUGCGGCAGGAUCAUGAAAAAUUCUGCAAUGGUCAUGCAGAUUCAAGAUCCGGCGUCGCAGCGGUUGACGUGGUACAAGCCGCCAUUGACGGUGUUGGUCAUCAAAAAGGUGCACGACGCGACAAUACUAGCGCCAUUUGUCCAACUGGUUCAUUGGCUCGUUCACGACAAAAGCAUGGUAGUGUUCGUCGAAGCAGCCGUAUUAGAUGACACCCUGCUGAAGGAGUACGGUGACUUCUCGUCGGUGAGAGAGCGACUCAUGACUUUCCGCGCCGGCACAGAUGAUCUCACAGACAAGAUUGAUUUUAUCAUCUGCCUCGGAGGAGAUGGUACUCUGUUACAUGCCAGCUCCUUAUUCCAGCAAUCUGUGCCUCCAGUGAUGGCGUUCCAUUUAGGAUCUUUGGGUUUCCUCACUCCGUUCGAGUUCAACAACUUCCAGGAUCAAGUUAUGAAUGUUUUGGAGGGUCACGCAGCAUUAACGCUAAGGUCACGUCUCCAGUGCGUGGUGCUAAGGAAGACGACUGAAGAUGGGAAAGACAAGAAAAAGCCGACAACGAUACUUGUGCUAAAUGAGGUGGUGGUGGACAGGGGGCCUUCGCCCUACCUGUCCAAUAUCGAUCUCUUCCUCGAUGGAAAACACAUUACGUCUGUUCAAGGGGACGGUCUGAUAGUGUCGACGCCGACGGGCAGCACGGCGUACGCGGUGGCGGCGGGCGCCAGCAUGAUCCACCCGUCCGUGCCCGCCAUCAUGGUGACGCCCAUCUGUCCGCACUCGCUGUCCUUCCGGCCCAUCGUGGUGCCGGCUGGCGUGGAGCUCAAGAUAAAGCUAAACAUAGAAGCCAAUAACAAAGCCAGCGUUUCGUUUGAUGGACGGUCGCAAUUGGUACUCUCGGCUGGUGAUAGUUUGUACGUGACGACUUCAGUGUAUCCAGUGCCGUCGAUAUGCGCGCAAGAUCAGAUCUCGGAUUGGUUCGACUCGCUCGCCGAAUGCCUGCACUGGAACGUUAGGAAGAAACAGAAGCAAAUAGAUGAACUCAGCGACUUGACACUCUCUAGCGACACUCUAGAGGAGCUAGACGCCAAUCACCAUGACGACAGACCGACUGAUACGUGACCUGAAGUUUUGUUAAAAGGUUCCGCAUACCUGCAUCGGUGUAGCCAGGUGUAACCAAUCUUGGGUAACGUCAACAAAUAUAAUAGUUUUUACUUUUAUAUUUUAUAAAUAAUAUUAUUUACGGUAAAAAAACCUAUACAUUCAGUUAGGUUGUCAACCGAUUGGUUUCGGAUUGAAUCUUUCCAAAUCACAGAUUAAUCAAUAAUAUACAGAUGGAGUGUACGGAGCACGACGGUGUCGUAGCCGCUCCAAAUACAAAAUUCAAAAAGUAAUACAUUCUCGAGUCAAAAACUAAAGAAAUAAGAUGGAGUAUUUUUUUAUAGUUUAAUUGUUGUUAGUGUUAAAUUUUGAAAUACAAAUUAUGAAAAAAGUUUGAAUAUGCGGGGUUGUCAAGGAGACGCGUGACGUUUGUUUUUUAAUGAGUUUCACCGGCUUCAGUACGUUGCUUGUAAAGACUCACUCUGUUUACUCUCCAAAUAUACAUUCCUAAUUGGUUUAUGAAAAUUCCCCAAAAUUAUGUCAUGUGCACUACACAGUAGGGAUAUUUUAAUUAUUCGUCAAAUAAAUCCUGGUAACACCCUUGCUAAAUGUGUGAUACAGGGCCUAAAUUUAUUUAUACUAUGGAUAUAAAGUUCUAAAGUAAAGUUAAAUUUCGAAGACUGCCCUUUAUGUAUUUUUUUUUUAGUUAAGAUGACAUAAUACUUAUAUGCCCAUUUAUAGACGCUGUGAUGACAUUUAAAGAGACUAACGCAAUCAAUCAACUUAUUACAAAGGGCAAAAACAACGCUCAAAUACAAUAUAAUGUAAUUUUUAAUUAAUAUUAUCCUUCAAAUUCAGAAUAUAAUUACUCGUAUCUCAUUAAAAUUAUCUUAUAUAAAUUAUGGUUCGAAAUAUAUUAAAAACAAUACGAAUAACUGGGAACUGGGAUAUUAUUAUCUUUAGAGUCUAUCUUCAGAGUAUGACGUAAUUAAUUUUACGGUAAUAUUACAAGAUUAGAAAAGAUAUAUAUUAUAUUUUCAGUUGGCCUACCUUUUCUAAGCCUGAUAUAUGGAAUAUAUAAGAUAUUAAGAUCUCAGGAAUUUACAAAUUUUGUCAAGCAUCUUUCAGAUAAAUUUCUAGCAAUAAUAUUAUAUAUAGAUAUUUCGUAAUGUACAGAAAUUUUGAUGUUUAUAGUUCAUUUUAAUGUAUUUUUAUGCACAACUUUGUGCAAUGUUGUGAUAGUGUACCUACAUUAGUGCUAAUUUAGUCGUACACAAAUUAUCUAAACUAAAUUGACAAUUGUAAAAGUUGCGACUGUAUUUUUUUUACAAUCUCAGACCAAGUACUCAUUAACUUGUAUUUCACACAAAUACGCCAACAAAAUUGCCUGACGUUUUUUAAGGGCAACGAGAUAAACUCACACAAUGAAAGUAUUUAACACCAAUAAAUAUAUACUGUCCUUACACUACAAACAACUAUAAAUUUGAUUCGCAAUACACACACAUGUAAUUUUUACAUCUUACAGCUUAGAUUACAACAAUGAGACAUAGAUUCUGUAAACAGUGUUUAUAAACGCAUUAGAUCAUUGAUCUUAUACUUUGACAGAGGGGUAACGUGUAGCGAGGCAAGUCCCUUAGUCCAUUGAUAUGUUAACUUUGCAUUUUUAGAGGACGCAAUUUUAUUUUUGGGACAUAUGGGGGGGUCAAUAGAAACAAAAAAGAGAAAAAAGUUAUAUAAACAUAUUUGAAGAAUUUGCUAAAAAUUAUGAUUUUUACAAUUUUUUCUUUUUUUAAAAAAAUGCUGUCACCCCUUUUUUCAAGAUGACGGCCGGGGGACAAGGGUGGCGACCCCACAAACUUGGAGUUAAGCUUCUAUUGACCUCCCACACAUGACCCAAAAAUUAAAUUGCGUGCUUUAAAAAGAGCAAUAUUCGGUCCUUAAAUUGUAACAUUUCAAUGGACUACCUAUAUAGUUGGUUUGAGUUUACAAAUAAAACUUUAAGAAGAACAGUAGUGACUUUUAUACCUAUACAUCUCAGUCGAUUUAGUUUACAGAUUCUUUACAACUAAAUUAAUACAUACUAAUGUUUUAUAGUAUAUUUAUAAAUAUUAUGGCUUUCAACAUUCCCUUGGACAAUAAAAAAUACAAAUAUUUAAAAUAUAAUAUCUUACUUGAGUUUAAAUUAUACUAAAGUUUUCGGAAAUCAAACAAACGCUGAAUUUUCUCAACUUAAUUUAACUCGCAAUAAUUACAUACUAGCAAACCUUCAAUCUUCAAAGAACAUACUAUCAUUCGAAGUUUAUCUUCGAAUUUCUCUUUGUUAAAAUUGAAAUUUUCCAAUGUGUGUUGUUAUAAAUCCAUUAAAUAUAAUGUUGCUUGAAGCUUGAAUUAUAUUCAGAAACGAAAAGCAGAAAGCAUUAUGCAAUGUCUUAUGAAUUUACUUAUAUUAUAUUUUGGAUAGAAGCAGGCGUUACUUUGCGGAAGUUCAUCAUGAUUAUAUAAUGAUUUAUUUAUUUUGCUAUUAUCCGCGAAAAUUCGGCGAACCCAUGCGACAACGUCACCCAGGUCCGACAAAAUACUCUCUACGUACGUUUCACCCCGAAACCGGAGCAUCCUCAGGAGAUGUUGACUCUACAACGUGCAAUUGCACGUUGUAGAGUCAACAUCUCCUGAGGAUGCUCCGGUUCAAGGACCUGGGUGACGUUGUCGCAUGGGUUCGCCGAAUUUUCGCGGAUGAUAGCAAAAUAAAUAAAUCAUUAUAUAUAUUAUAUUUGUUAAUCAUGUCAGGUUAGUUUAAGUUUUGUGUACUCAUAUAUUUUAAUUGGCACCAAUGUAUUAAAGUUUUAGUUUUUCAAAGGAAUAUUACAAAAGGUAGUAUUUUGUUACCUGACAAUUUAGUGGGAACACUUACUAUCUAAUAUUUUUCUCAUAAAAUAUAAGAUCAAACGAUCUUAGUGAAGUUCAAUCAUUACUAUAUGAAUUGUUAAUCGAUAUAUGCUCGAGAUAAAUAUUAGAUACGAGUAGUAAACUUACCAUCUAAUAUUUUUCUCAUAUCUAUACUAAUAUUAUAAAGCGGAAGAGUUUGUUUGUUUGUUUGUUUGAUUGAACGCGCUAAUCUCAGGAACUACUGGUCCGAUUUAAAAAAUUCUUUCAGUGUUAGAUAGCCCUUUUAUCGAGGAAGGCUAUAGGCUAUAUUUUAUCCCUGUAUUCCUACGGGAACGGGAACCACGCGGGUGAAACCGCGCGGCAUCUACUAGUAAAUAAUAUUAUUAUUAUAUAAAUGUAGCUGGUUUACAUUUUAAGGAUUGGGUGCUACAAGAAACUAUAUAGUGCCAACUUGAAGUUUAUAGAAAACAUAGUGGAUGCACAAAUAUUUUGUUUCUUUUUUGUUUUGUGUACAAAUUGUUUACUCAAGAUUGGAUUCGUCAAUAGAGAUACCGGAAUUUUUGAUAGUUAAGUAGAAAAGUAUUGAUGGACGUGCAGAAUGCAAGACCCAUAAAUUCCCAACGUACUCAGUGGCGUAGCUAGGUAACAAAGGGCCCUGGUGCAAAUAAAAAAAUGAAAAAAAUGAAAAUGAAAAGAAAAAUAAAUUUUUCAUACAUUAUGUGAACAUUUAUCAUCACCAAGUCAAAAUUCAGGAGACGUCUUGAGACAAAUUGUUAAGCGUGAUUCAGUCUAUAUAUGCUAGGCUAGUUCCGAAGCUACCAAGGUUAAUCUUCCGUGCAGUGGUGUAAGUAAUACCUACAAUAUUAUUGUCUAGUUCGGGCUAGCGACGCAAACUGGGCACAUUUAAUAAACUGUAGUAUACCAAGUAUUAUUAUUCAAUUCAAUUACAAAAUGAAAAUUAUUAUUUGUCUUUUUAGAUUGAGUGAGUUACGCCACUAAGUAUGUACCCCUAGGUCGCCAGUCGCGCUAAACGGCCUAUGGCUGGUUUUAGAGUCACGGUGACGGGACGCUAACCGUCGGCGCUGAUAGCUACGCUUUAUUCUGAAACGCUCCCUAGAAGUUCAUACAUUUCGGCUGUCAGCGUUUUGUCAGCGUGACUCUAAAACCAGCCCUUGUGAGGAUUACUGAGUCAAAAGAUAUCGAUCAUAACACGCGUAAAUAAAAUUUGUUUUAAGAUUUUCUUGACACUGUAACAUCACAUGUAGUUUUUUAGCAAAGUUAUGUAUGUUUUGUUAACUUUAUGUUUGCCCUAAAAUAUGAGUAUAUAAAAUACAAAAAAAUAUAAAAAUAAAUGUACUGGAUUUUUGUGGGUAAUUUUAAUGCAAAUGUUUUGUUUAUCGUGUGAACUGUUUUUGUUUGGGAUUUUAAAAUAUGACGUAUGACAAUGUUUAUUAAAAAUUAUACAAAUUGAACUAUUGG